UCCAAAGGGGACAGUGGAGAGUCGCCAGGCUGACGAACGGACUAUUCAAAAACUGAGGAGGGUUUAGUGAAGGCGUCUUGGACAUCCAAAACAGAAAAAAAAAUUGUUUCAUCACUCUCUGAUUUGGGAAAUAGAUUUUUUUUCCAUGACACCACGGAACUAAUUCCUCUGUGUAUCCACAAAAAAAGAUGCCGACUCCGUGGUGAGGGUCAGAAAAUGAACGCCUCCUCCUGCUGUGAUCCUCCAGUCAUCAUGUACCAGCAGAGCUCAGGAUUUGACCUGAACACCAGCUGUGACUGGUUGGCGGCUCACUGCAACUGGACAGCGGUGGACAGAGCUCCGCAGCUUCCCACCUUUUCCACAGCGGCCAAAAUCCGAGUGAUCAUAACUUUCAUCCUGUGCGGCAUAUCCACGUUCUGCAAUUUGGCUGUGCUGUGGGCUGCCAAUGGGCACAAGCGCAAAUCGCACCUCCGAGUGCUGAUCCUCAACUUGACAGCAGCCGAUCUCCUGGUUACCUUCAUCGUGAUGCCCGUGGACGCCGUGUGGAACAUCACGGUCCAGUGGCUGGCUGGCGACCUGGCCUGCAGAUUCCUCAUGUUCCUCAAGCUACAGGCCAUGUACUCCUGCGCUUUUGUCACGGUGGUGAUUAGUCUGGACAGACAAUCGGCCAUCCUCAACCCUCUGGCCAUCAGCAUGGCUCGGAAAAGGAACAGGGUCAUGCUAAUGGUGGCGUGGACUAUGAGCGCGUUGUUCUCACUCCCUCAGAUGUUCAUUUUCCAUAAUGUGACCAUUACCUAUCCGGCAAACUUCACGCAAUGCACUACUAGAGGGAGCUUCGUGACACACUGGCAAGAAACUGCGUACAACAUGUUUACCUUCUCCUGCCUCUUCCUGCUGCCGCUGGUCAUCAUGAUCGUCUGCUACACCAGGAUCUUCAUCCAGAUCUCCAAACAGAUGACAGAAAAGAAUUUGUCCUCCGAUGAGCCCCGUCUACGUUGCUCGAAGAACAACAUCCCGAAAGCGCGAAUGAGGACCCUGAAAAUGAGCAUCGUCAUAGUGAUCUGCUUCAUAGUGUGCUGGACACCGUACUACCUGUUGGGUUUGUGGUACUGGUUCUUCCCAGACGACCUGGAAGGAAAAGUUUCGCACUCCCUCACCCACAUCCUGUUCAUCUUCGGCCUUUUCAACGCUUGCCUGGACCCCAUCAUAUACGGCCUGUUCACCAUCCGCUUCAACAGGGGGCUGAGAAACUGCUACCGCAAGGCCACGGUUAUGUCCGGCCUGGAAAUUAACGCAGUGAAAGCGAAGUCCUCGAAAUGCGGUGCGGCUCGAGAGCUGAACACCGGUGAACGGGACAGCAACUGUGAGGAGGCUGAGCCCAAAUCCAAUGACAGCUUUGUUUGACUGUCAUGGAAGGGGAAAUCUAUGUCUGAGUCGUAUCAGCACUACAGAAUACCGAAGAGUAGAGACAAGAGACCUCAUUCUCCUAAUGAAUUCAUUUAAUUUUCACCUUCUUAUUAAUUUAUUGGACUCAUUUGUUUCACAAUCACACUCAGUAUGCAUGUGUAGAGGAAGAAGUCUCAAGACACCAUCUACUUCUUUUGUAGAGAACUGUGUUUCAUUUACAGCUGUGUCUUUGUGUAUGUGAAGCUUGAGGCUGUACUUCAAGUUGCAUAACCCCUUCAUAAACACACCAGGACAUGCUUGGAAUUGCAUGUUGUGUAACGGCCCGCCAUAUACAACAUACUACUGUACAAGCACAAAGACAGAAGAUGGUGAGUGCCUGGUGACAGAAAAGUGCUUCCUGUGUUAUGAUGUGCGUGGUUACUUACUGUACCAACAGCUCUGCAGUAUCAGACGCACUGUCUAGGUAACAAACUGAACAUAACUGAAUAUUUUACUUACAGUAACUAUAAAGAAAAGCAGAGAGCAGUGUGCUGUUAUCUACCUUAUUUCCUUAGAAAAAAAAGUGCUAACUGUGUUUUAGCUGCAAAUUAUAGAACUGUUUAUGUGAUUCAGAAAUGAGAUUCUGUGUGCAUCAACGCUAAAUGAAAUGAUCCCAUAUGUGCGUUUACGAGCCCUCAAAUGACAAACACAAUAAAACUUUUUACACAUGCACAAACGAAUUCUGCCUGUUUUGAAAUAAACAAAUCAGGCAUAACAUUAUGACCACAGGCAGGAGAAGUGAACAACACUGACCACCUUUUGACAAUACAAUGUGCUGCUGGACCUCACAUUCAUGUGGAUGUGACUUAGACUUGCACCACCCACGGCAUGCACGCCUCGAUGGCAGCAGCCAUCCCCAGCAGGAUGCAGCCUGACACACAAACAGAACAUGAAAAAUAGCACAAGGUGUGGACCUGGCCUCCAAAUUCAUUAGAUCCCAAACU